AAAAACCCCUAUUAUCAUCCACAUUCCACGAUGAUUUUCAAAUCAACAACGAACAUUGAUAUUCCUGUGAAAGGAGUUUACCAAGCUUUGAUAAAUGAAGCGAAUGAGGAUGCAACAUUUAUCGACGGUAUAACUGGUGAAAAACUAACUAUUGAUAAAUUAAGAAGUGAUACCAAAAAAUUGGCGGCUGGAUUAAUUGAUAAAGCAGGAUUUAAUCGCGGAGAUGUUUUAGCAAUAUUUUCUCCAAAUCAGGUCGAUUAUCCAACUGUUAUAUUUGGUACGAUUGCGGCAGGAGGAAUAGUAACAUUCGUUGAUUCAAAGUAUACAGUUGAUGAAGUUGCUUAUCAAUUAAAAGAUUCUGGAGCAAAAUAUAUUGUUGUAUUUCCAUCACUUCUUUCAAAAGCGAUUGAAGCAGCGGACGCAGUAAAUAUACCUAGAUCAAAUAUAUUUUUAUUUGGUAAUGAAGAAAUUGAUGAAAUUAAACUCUAUUCAUUCCUCAAAUCUGAAAGAGAAGUAAAUCCCAUUGAAUAUUCACCAGAGGAAGCAAAAUCGACUACAGCAUAUUUAAGUUAUAGUUCUGGUACAACUGGAAAGAAUAAAGGAGUUGAAACAACUCAUUCUAAUAUUGUUACUAAUUUAGCUCAAAUUGGGUGUAAUAACGAUGAUGUUAAUUCAAAUACUAAAUUUAUCGGCGUAUUGCCUUUACAUCAUAUAUAUUCAAUAAUUACGCUCAUUCAUUUAACCCUUCUUAAAGGAGCUUCAGUUGUCUUAAUACCAAAUUUUGAAUUUGAUUUACCAACAUUUUGUAAAACAAUUCAAGAUUAUAAAGUCAAUGUAAUUCAUUUUGUACCUUCGAUCGCUAUGUCAUUAGUUAAAGAUCCAAUUUCAAGAAAAUAUGACUUAUCAAGUUUACGAUCAUGCAUAAGUAGUGCUGCUCCUUUAAGUAAAGAAUUAGCUGAUUCAUUCGCUAGAAUGUUUGUACCAAUUAGACAAUCUUAUGGUGCAACUGAAUAUUCUUUUACUCAUUUUGUUAAAUAUGCUGAAAAUAUCCCCAUUGAAUCUAUUGGUAAACCUAUUCCGAAUGUUGAAUGUAAAAUUAUUUCUGAAAAAGGAAAAGAACUUGGAUACAAACAAGAGGGAGAACUUUGUGUUCGUGGUCCAAACAUCAUGAAAGGUUAUCUUAAUAAUAAAGAAGCAACCGAUGCGUGCAUUGAUAACGAAGGAUGGUUUCACACUGGUGAUAUAGCAAAAGUCGACGAAUUUGGAAACUUUUAUAUUGUUGAUCGUUCCAAAGAAUUGAUUAAAUAUCAGGGUCAUCAAGUUUCACCAACAGAAUUAGAAUCAAUCUUAAAUUCUCAUCAAUCAAUUGAUGAUGCAGCUGUAAUCGGAGUUUACGCCGAACAAGAAGCAACCGAAUGUCCGGCCGCUUAUAUCUCGUUAAAACAAAACGUUCUUGAAUCUGAUCAAUUAAAACAAGAAAUUAAAAGAUAUGUUGAAAAACGUGUUCCUCCUUAUAAAAGAUUGAGUGGUGGUAUUUUAUUUAUUGAUAAAAUUCCUAAAAGUUCGUCUGGUAAAAUUCUUAGAAAAGUAUUAAGAAAUAGAAUUAAGAAGGAACAUCCUUUUUAUAGAAAAAAAUUUUAAUUAA